GUGAUUCUCAGACUCUGAGCUGAGAGGUUCUCUGUUCGUGUUCGGACGUUUGGAUCUUUUUUCGUCUUCUUUGUGUGAUGAAGGACAGUCCUGUCUCACCUGCCUGUCUCACCUGCCUGUCUCACUGACGUGUCUCACCUGACGUGUAUCACAGGUGUGUGUGACGUGCAGCCAGCAAACCCCGUUGAUCAGGAGGAUUCCCAUGAAAUGAUCUGAGCUUCUCGCUUCCUGUGAACAUGCAGCUCCUCAUCCUCCUCUUCACCUCCGCGCUCCUCUUCCUCACACAAUCCGCACGCGCUGAGCCCAAACCCAAAUGUCCGACCCGCUGUGACGUCAGCACCUGUCCGAGUCCCAGCUGCCCCAGCGGCUACGUGCCGGACAGGUGUAACUGUUGCGUGGUGUGCGCGCGGGCGGAGGGCGAGCCGUGCGGCCGCAAGGAGGAACUGCCGUGCGGGGACGGUCUGGAGUGCAAACACCCGGCGGGGAAACGGAUCGGGAAAGGCUUCUGUCAGUGCAGGUACAGCAGCCAGGUGUGCGGCAGUGACGGCAUCACUUACAGGAACGUGUGUCAUCUGAAGGCCACCAGCAGGAAGAACCAGCAGCAGGGUCUGCACGGGGUCUCCCAGAGCCACAAGGGUCCAUGUGAGAGCAGCACAGGUCCUCCACACUCUUCCAGUCCAAGAUACAAGUUCAACUUCAUCGCAGACGUGGUGGAAAAAAUCGCUCCUGCUGUGGUCCACAUCGAACUCUUCCUCAGACACCCUCUCUUUGGGAGGACCAUCCCUCUGUCCAGCGGUUCAGGCUUUGUGAUGUCGGAGAACGGACUGAUCGUGACCAAUGCUCACGUCGUCUCCAGCACAUCACCUGUGUCCGGUCAGCAGCACCUGAAGGUCCAGAUGCACAACGGAGACGUAUACGAAGCCAACAUCAAAGACAUCGACAAAAAGUCAGACAUCGCUACAAUCAAGGUCAACUCUCAGAACAAGCUGCCUGUCCUGCUCCUGGGUCACAGUGCAGACCUGAGGCCGGGGGAGUUCGUGGUUGCCAUUGGCAGCCCAUUCGCCCUGCAGAACACCGUCACCACAGGCAUCGUCAGCACGGCUCAGAGGGACGGGAAGGAGCUGGGCCUCAGGGACUCGGAUAUGGACUACAUCCAGACCGACGCCAUCAUCAAUUACGGGAACUCAGGAGGACCUCUCGUCAACUUGGAUGGGGAGGUGAUCGGCAUCAACACCCUGAAGGUGGCAGCAGGGAUCUCUUUUGCCAUCCCCUCAGACAGGAUCACCCGUUUCCUCAACGAAUCAGUGGACAAACCCAACAAAGAUGUGAGGUCGGUAAAGAAGCGCUUCGUUGGAAUCCGGAUGCUGACCAUCACACCAGCGUUAAUUGAGGAGCUCAAACAGCAGAACUCAGACUUUCCUAAUGUGACCAGCGGGAUCUACGUCCAUGAAGUUGUUCCUCACUCACCUGCAGACAAAGGUGGAAUCAAAGACAGUGACAUCAUUGUGAAACUGAACGGCAAACCUAUGAUGACCACAGCCGACCUGCAGGGGGCGCUGCAGGAGGAGUCUGCCCUGCUGCUGGAGGUCAGGAGGGGCAACGAUGAUCUCCUAUUUAACAUAGAGCCUGACGUCAUAAUGCAGUAAAGAUGGCGGUUCACCUGCAGGGCACGGAGAACGUCCCAGACUGUUCCUAAACCACUAAACACUAUUUAAACACGUCACAGAGUGGAAACAUUACACUGGUGUGAAGUAGUGUUCGAACAGUGCACACAGCUCCAGACACCGUGCACCUGGCUGUUACCUGUAUAUGUCUCUGACCAGGUCAACGCUGGAACAAUCCCUCACAUGGACCUCACCUUGAAUCCAAAGCCUGUCAGUGACUGUUUGACUUGAAAUAUAUUUUUCUCCUGUAGACACGUUCACUAAACACGUUCAUGAUCUGAAUAUGACGCCUUUUUAUUACACAUGGCGAUGAUAAAUUCCCUUUGAGGGACAGUUGUGACUCAGUGGUAGAGUUGGUCGUUUCUCAACCAGAAUAUCGGGGAUUCGAUCCCCAGCUGAUGCAGCCAUCAGUGUGUGAAUGUGUAUAACUGUGGAUGAGUUAAUACUGAUGGACUCUUUACACAGCAGCCUCUACCAUCAGUGUGUGAAUGUGUAUGAAUGGAUGAAUUAAUACUGAUGGACUCUUUACACAGCAGCCUCUACCAUCAGUGUGUGAAUGUGUAUGAAUGGAUGAGUUAAUACUGAUGGACUCUUUACUCAGCAGCCUCUACCAUCAGUGUGUGAAUGGAUGAGUUAAUACUGACUCACCGUGUGAGCGAUGUCCAGCCUGUCAGAGACGGACUGAUGGAUGGUCCUUCAUGUCCACAGCUUGAGUCUGCUCCGUGGUUUUACAUCAUGAUGUGGAGGGACAUGUCCAGCAUGUGUGAACUUGUUGUAGGUUCAUAUUUAUAUGAAGCUCUUGAUAUUUUUCUGUGUGUAUUAUCCACAUGUCAUGCUGUAUUUGUUCAUGAUUGCUGAUUUGUGGACACUGAUUGGCUCUUGGACUCAGUGAACAUUAUAAUACACACAGAGAUAAGUUUGCUGUUUUUCAUUACAAGCUCUCUCUGCUCUCAUUGGACGAUCUGUCGUCAUAAAAACUGAUAAUGACUGAGUUUGUUUCUUCAUGUCUGUUCUCUGUUACUGACUCUAAGGAGGAUCUUUGUAAUGUCCUGCUCAUCCUCCUGCUGUCUGUGGUUAAUGCUCAAUGUGACUCUUUAGUGUUACAAGAUGUUUUUCUAGAACUCAUCGUGAACCACAUGUGUGCUGUAAGAGUGUUUUUCCUGCUGCUUUGCUUUCUAACUGUUGGAGCUUUAAAGUGAACAGACUUGUUUACAUGGAAGCACCUCUGCAGCAGCCUGUGGACAAAAACCUUUUACACCAAAUAAACUUUGAUUGAUUGCAGCUGUUCUGGAAUAAAAGGAUUCACCGAUGUGCCA